AUGGCGGAUAACCAAAGCGAAAUAAGCUCUGCAGACUCUGCUGAAGCUCAGAAUCAACUACAGAAUGAGCAAUCAGAACACCUCUCAGACUCACCAUGGGCCAAAUUUACCGCGGAACAACUUAUGGAAAACUGUCCAUACACAGUUGCACUCAAGGUCAUCAAUACAGCUCUCUGGGGUGUACCCGCACCGGCGGACGCAAAUGAGACACACGCAACAACGUGGGUCGCUAAAGCUAUCCACGACUACAAUGUGUCAAUGGCCUGGGACGAUGACCUCUUCAUUGACUACAAAUGGGACUUUGAAGGAUGGACGAAGGAGCUAUUUAGCAAGGUUGAGCGUGGUACACUAAGGUCUCUUAAGAGUGUGCUACGACACCGGGGAGUAUACACUGGCAACAAUCACGCCAGGGUGGCGGACUCUCUCUACAACAUUCUAGGUAUAGAGAAUACUCUUGAAUGGGAACCAGCAGAGUUUCGAGCCAUGAAAUUCGACCAACAGUCCGAAGCGUACCAGCGCCAGCAGAGCAAUAAACGCCAACAGGACACUCAGCACACAGUCUAUCCAGCUGUACAACAACCACCGCAAGUACAACAACUGCCGCAAUUACAACAACCGCCGCAAUUACAACAGCCACCGCAAGUACCACAGCCGUCGCAAUUACAACGACCGUCGCAGGGCGAGCAACAAGAGCAGUAUAGAUUCUCUAAGCUAUGGGACAAUAGCAACAAGUAUACAGGGAAUGCGUACGAUCUCCUAGACGAUAAGAUCAAGAUCUUCUUCAGCAUCUGCUGGCAGGUAGAUAUCCAAGAAGAGCAGUUUCACGCAGUGUUUCCCCGUAUCCUUACCGGACGUGCAGAGACAUUCUACAUACAGGUUGUAGAGAGAGAUGACAGCUUUGCUGAUGCGUACAUGGCAAUCAAAAACCACUUCGACCAUGACGUCCAUCACCAGCACUACUACACAGACUGGACGACUACAACCUUCGCUCGCACCCGCACAGAGAACCCCGACAAGGGACUACACGAGGUUCUGCAGAUCCUGCUUGACAAGCUGCAGCUAUGCCAGCGUGCCCUUGGCAAGAACUUUGAGGGCGAGGAUGCCCUACGUACCACUGUCAUCAAUGCCUGCCGAGGAGUACCAGAGCUUGAGAUGGCACUGUUCAAACCAGCCACAAUCUGUGAAGGACUCUUCUCAGACCUACGUUCUGCAGUUGAGACACACCUUGCACGGCAACACACUGCCCAGAUGGUCACAGAGGACCAAUAUUACUUAGAUCGCCGAUACAACGGCAAUAGAAGAAUCCGAGGUGGAUCUCGAGGUGGAGGAGGAUUCAGAGGCGGAUCCAGAGGAGCAUAUCGAGGAGGCGAGCAGCGCGACGACAACGGACGAGGAUUCAAGCCACGCUGGAGGAAGAAAUGCUUUGUUUGCCAGAAGGAAGGAUGCUGGUCUACCAACCACACAGACGAAGAGCGCAAGGCUGCCCGUACACAGUUCUUCUCUACGCUAUACUUUACAGGUACACAGCCCCCCAAGGACUUCUCCGUACAUCUUGCAGAAUACGAAGGGAUCGAGCACACUAGCCAGUACAAUCAGAGAGGCUGGAGAGAGGAGGAAGACUGCGAGGAUGACGACGAUGACGACGUCGCGGAAGCAUACCUUGAACACCAGUUUUUCACGGAGCAAUGCCUUGCAGAUCAGGCGUUCUUGCACCACAUCUCUGGCGACGACGUAUACCGCCAAGACGCGCCAUCAGCGCCAGCGUCACAGUUCCUGCUUGAAGACCGCUACACAAGAUCUGUGUACCAAGGGAUCCUACCGGAUACAGGCGCUGCCAACGUAUCCACAGUUGGCAAGGAGCAGUACCUUGCACUCACAAGGGAAGAUCCUACAGUUAGGAUGGAUACGUCUACAGCAGGAAAGGCAUCUAUCAAAUUCGGCAAGGGCGAGGCUACAUCAUCUAUUGGCACUGCACAGGUCUCUACAGACAUUGGGACGAUCAACUUUGAGGUGCUUGACGCACCUACACCAUUCUUAUUGUGCCUUGCAGACAUGGACAGGUUAAAGGUCUACUUUAACAACACCACAGAUGAGCUAGUCCAGGGUGACCUCCACAGCUCCGCACCGCGCCGAUUCAAAUUCACUCUCAAGGAUGAUCACCACUUCAACUAUGAGAUCCUGGUGGAUGUGAUGUACCUGAGCAACAAACCUGUACUGCAUGUGGUCGAUUCCUCAACAGCGUUUCAAGGCGCGAGGUUCCUUAGCGCUAUCUCAGCUAAAGAAACAUGGCAAGCACUGCGGAUACUAUGGAUCGACACGUAUCAAGGACCACCAGACAUUAUCACGCAUGACGCAGGCACUAACUUUGCAAGCACAGAGUUCCGCGCAGAAGCAAAGAUCAUGGGAGUCACAUGCAAGCAAGUACCUACGGAGGCGCACUGGUCUAUCGGCAAAACUGAGAGGUACCAUGCACCUCUACGCCGCGCAUGGGACAUACUCUAUGCAGAACUCACUGACACUAUGUCCGACGACGCGAUUCUCCAGAUGGCUGUGAAGGCUGUCAACGAUACUGCUGGCCCCGAUGGACUAGUCCCGACGCUACUGGUCUUUGGAGCGUACCCACGAAUGACUGCAGAGUCACCGCCAUCCCCGUCAAUGGUCAAGCGCAGCGAGGCUAUUCAAAAGGCGACGAAAGCCCUACGCAAGAUCACGGCAGAGCACCAAGUUGCAGACGCCUUGAACACCCGCAAUGGACCAGCCACUGCAGACAUGCUCGCGCUCCCACUCCAGAGCGAAGUCUUAGUAUGGAGAGAGAGUGAUGGCUGGAAUGGCCCGUACAAGAUCGCCAGUACAGAUGGCCACAACGUCACUGUUGACAUGGUCAAUGGUCCAACGACAUUCAGAUCCACUGUCGUCAAGCCAUACUACAGACCGGACCACCUUUGGAGCGACCCCGAUGCGCCACACGCGCCGAAUGAGCCGCAUGAGCCGGUAGCAGUACCACCGGCAGUGCAACCACGCAGGAGAGGCCGCCCUCCAGGGUCAAAGAACAAGCGGAAGGCGCACGCGUACAUCACCAAGAAGGAGCAGGACGAUCUUGAGCUAGCUAUCAAGCUACGAAACGAUGGAGUGAUCACAACCUCAGGCGCCCCCUUUGAAGCGUCUGAUGACCAAGAGAUCAGCGACCUCCGAUGUAGCCAGCGCCUGAUUAUGUCGCUGGCGCCCGAGAUGGUACAACGCGGAAUGAACAUCGAGCUCCGUGACAUUACGCAGGCGUAUCCCCAGGCGCAGACAACCCUGAAGAGGACGAUACUCGCACAUCUUCCUACUGAGCUAGUCCAUCGAUAUCCAGAAGGCACGCUACUCCAUGUGAUCAAGCCGCUGUAUGGAAUCGCUGAGGCAGGAGUCCACUGGUGGACAACGUAUCACGGACACCAUUGCAAGGAACUGGACAUGGCAACAUCGACGUACGACCCAUGCCUAUUGAUCACGAACAGAGACGACGCAGGCAUCUUCGGCAUCGUUGGCAUGCAGACAGACGACACUCUCAUGCUCGGGACACCAGCGUUCUCGUCACGUGAAGAGAAGAAGAUCCAGAAGGCAGAGUUCAGGUCAAAGCCAAAAGCAAGGCUGACACCAGAAGUGCAGUUAGACUUCAAUGGAUGUACACUCACGAUGGACGCCAGCAGAGUCUUGACCCUUAGGCAGAAAGGACAAGGAGGAAGGAUCAGGCUUGUGGAUAUCAGGGCACCCGACCGCGCGCAACAGUACACCGAGCAGCGCGCCCGCGGAGCGUACAUCGCAUCAACAUGCCAACCAGAGGCGUCAUUUGACCUGUCCGUCGCUGCUCAAGCUCAGCAACCAUCAGACGAGGACAUCAAGGCACUCAACAAACGCCUGAAAUGGCAGAUGGAGAAUCUCGAUCGUGGCCUGCGCUACGUCACUGUCAAUCUUAUGGAGGCCAAGUUGAUGGUCUUUGUGGAUGGCUCCUUUGCCAACAACAAGGACCUCAGCUCACAGCUAGGCUUUGUCCUUAUGCUCGUCAACGAGUCUAUUGACGUCAACACCUUCACAAUACAGGGCAACGUGAUCCACUACAGCUCUACAAAAUGCAAGCGCAUCACACGGAGCGUACUGGCCUCAGAGAUCUACGGCAUGGUCAACGGCUUUGACAUAGGCAUUGCAGUUGCAACCACGCUGAGGAUAGUUACAGAACGACUUAGACUACCUGCAAUUCCCUUGGUUAUCUGUACAGACUCGUACUCCUUGUACGAGUGCCUAGUAAAGCUUGGGACGACGAAGGAAAAGCGUCUCAUGAUCGACAUCAUGGCGCUGCGCCAAUCAUAUGAGCGUCGCGAGAUCACGGAGAUCCGCUGGAUCAAUGGUGAAGACAAUCCUGCAGACGCCUUCACCAAGGCAUCGCCAAACCGCGCUCUUGAACGCUUUAUUGACGGCAAUAAGCUGACAGUCCGAGUAGAGGGAUGGGUGCAGAGGCCGACAAGCUUUGAUGGUUGAUGCUACACACAGUUACCAUCAACACAUACUGUCACUACCGAUACAAGCAGAGUUACUAGCUACCCAGAAAGAAAAGACUUCCAGUGUCGGAUCGUGAGUAUCGGUAGAGACGUCGGCUGCUGGACACUUCGGCCCGACUUCGGCCCACCUUGCGCAGAGCUUAGGUAUACCUUCGUAGCAGCUGUGUUCGUAAUAAAUCAAUCACCAUCACC